UAAAUAAUGAUACAAAUAUUCUCACUAUAUUAGAUCGAUCCUUAAAAGAAGAAGCGAGAGAAUGGUAUUAUAGAGAAUUUGAUAAUAAAAAUUGGGAGUUAGAAAAUGUACUUGAUAACUCUGGUAUAGGUGCAACAAUAGCAUAUAUUCGUGGUGCUAAUACAGGAGAUAUAACGGGUUCAGUCGCUUCUUUCCCAAAUGUUCUACUUGGACUUACAGCAGGAGGAUGCCCAACUAAUGCAAUACCAGUUGCACCAAAUGCUGGAGGAGGUGUUUCUAUUAUUCUAGCAGGAAUACGAUCUGAACAAAGGCUUUCGUGGAUAAAAAAACAUUAUCCAACUGCUAAUAAAUAUGUAAAGAUGUUAGAAAUUGGAGCAUUAAGACAAGGCGUAUAUGAGAGU